AUGAGGUUGCCCGGGUUUAGUAGAAGCAGAGGAAAUUCAAGGACAUCGCAGCAGCAAACAAGUAAUAACCCACUUCCAAUGGGGUUGCCUGGGUUUAGAGGAAGAACCACGACCACGACGUCGUCGUCUUCGCAGCAGCAAUCGGAUACCUCAUUUCCAGGGGAUUUUACCUUUACUACGUUUCUACGUCAGCAAUUAGAUAAUCCUCUGCCAAUGGGGUUACCUGGUUUUAGUGAAAAUUCUAUUAUCAAUAUACAGCAAACAGAUAGUUCGCUUUCAACUACUACUACACCAUUUAUACCUGAAUUGAGAGAAACAACUUCAUCUUUAUCAAAUAAUUCCCUUCCAAUGAUACCGUCGUCUUCAUUACCAUCAAAUACACCAUCUCCUUCGAGUAUACUCGGAUUUGGAGACAUCUCUACUACCUCAUCACAGCAACAACAACAGUCAAAUUUAUCUUUUACUUUUAAUGAUAUAAAACCACAAAAUAAAACAGAAUCAGGAUCAGAUUGGGCUUUCACGUCAUCAAAUACAAAUAUAGCAGAAGCAGAUGAGUUUUUCGCUAGUGAUAUUAUUACUGGAGUGGAAAAACAAUACGAUGAAACACAGACGGAGCGUGAUCAAGAGAAUAGCGAUAAUGGCAAGAACUCUACAGAAUUAUUUAGCAGCAAGAACAUUUUAAUGGAAGAUUUCGAAGACGAAGAUGAACAAGAUGACAGAAUUGUAAUUGAGAAUCACGAGUCGGAAGACAGUGAAACAGAUGACGAGGAAGAGGAAAAUUCAUUAACACAAAUAACAAAUGAACAUAUAUCACGAAAAGAUGAAUAUAUUUUUCGAGGAAGUUUGCCUAGUCCUAAUAUUAUACCAUUGGUUGACACUCCAGAAUAUUUGAACGAUCCUCGAUUUAACGAGAAUAAUGUAUCUCCGUCACGUUUUGUGAGAUCAACCUCACCAGAAUAUAAUAUUUCCGGCGCUGCAACAUCAUCAUUACCAACUCCGCCAACUACUGCCGCCUUACUUUCACAAAUGCAGCGUGAAGCUAAACCUGAAGAUUUUAUCCCUGGCAGUACAACUUCGGUUUCUUCGUCUGGUCCGACAUCAACAUUACCUUUCGCAUCCUCAUCAAGGAUAUUGCCAAACGCCAGCGUUGUUGUUGUUACUCGCGUUGCUGAACAUCUAAGUCUCACUGAGUACUCAUAUCUAUCAAGGACCUGCAAAACUUUCUACUUGCAUUUUCAACGCGAGCUUAUUCAUUACUUGAAGAAUGUCUAUGGAUUAUCGGUGCGCUCUGGCUCGCUAGUGCUUUUCGCUUAUACAGCGCACUUGCAAUAUCGAGCACCGCGUCUACUGGACCGUAUAUUUGAUGAAUUUUUUAUUGAUACAGUUGAUUCUCAAGUACCACCACCACCAUCACCUGUAACCGAUGACCUUGACGAUGAUGAUGAUGAAAUGGCUGUUGAUUUUAGUGAUCCGAACUGGCCAAUGUAUUGGUCCGUUCUCUAUUCCUUGGACAAGCAGCCCAAUUAUUUGCCUCCAGCAAUGCUUGAUUCAGAGGUAGAGAACGAGCAAAUGCCCAACCCCAAGGUACAGUUCUUGGAGAAGUACGCGUCGAGGAUGAAUGCAAAGUUCGCCUCACGGAACGGUGGUGGUGGCGGACGCGUAGUAGGAGGGCUUGGUGCGAGCAACAACCGUGGACGGCGUCACCAAGAUUGGCAUCUUGCCGACAUUCGGCAAAAAAAAACAUACCGGAUGUUGAUCAUGCAAAACAUCCGGUACGGUGAUGUCGACCUGUUAAAAUUUUAUUUGGAGAGAUAUGGACCUCCGAUUAAUAGUGUAGUGAGGAUGACUGCGGAGGAACAAAUAUUCCUUCAGCAGAACUGUGAUCUGUCGACCUUGUUAACGAAGCAUGGCAUCCGAAUAGUGUUGGCUGACUAG